AAAUUUACGCCAACGAUGGAAAAAUAAAUGUCAGAAUCAGAAAAAUAAUUGCGUCUAAAAAAUCUGGAAAAUGAAAACAAAAGACUUUGUAAACCUUGUUGUUGGUGCAGCAAUAGGAGGUGUUACAACUCUGGGAGUGUGUUAUGUCAUUGCUAAGUACAAGGAGAAGAAAGCACCCCCUCCAAAGCCAGACUCGCCUGUGAGAACUACGCGCCAAUCAUCAACUAGCACAUAUCACAGAUCACAAUCGACAGAAGAACGUGCGAAUGAGCGUGGUUCGCAGAGUCAGCGACGGUUUCAUCGGCUGCUGUCGACAUCAGGCUCCACCACCCAGGAGGAUACGCCGACCAUCACUGUCGAGAUGGGGAAAAGUGAUGAGACCCAGAACAUGAUGAAUUUGCUCUAUUUCAUCGCCGAUGAACAAGCAAAGCGAGAUGGUUACGUGCACCGAGGCAUCACCUGUAACAUGUGUACUUUAAAUCCAUUAUGCGGGACAAGAUACAAGUGUGCCAACUGUCCAGAUUACGACGUGUGUGAGAAGUGUGAACCGAAGGAUGUCCACAAUAGUACCCACGUCUUCUUAAAGAUCACCACCCCUCUUCCUCCAUUAGCUAGUCCGCGUGCCAUGCUCACAAAGAAGUUAUAUCCGGGAAAACCGAAUAACUUCAACUUUUUAACACUCGAAGAAACAUUGAAAUAUACAAGAGAAACAAAUUUUGACCAAUACGAAAUAGAAGCCCUUCACGAAGAGUACAGAUCUUUAGCAAAAAGUGAACGAGGGAUAUCGAGAGAAGUUUUCGAUACGUGUUUGGGGCCACUGGCGUUAGAAAGUAACUUAUUAUUGGAAAGGCUGUUCAAGUUUUAUGACCGAAAUGGUGACAAAUACAUUGACUUUGAUGAACUAGCCCGGGGUAUGUCAAUACUGGUCAAAGGUACAGUCAUGGAUAAAAUGCCUUAUGCAUUUCAAGGUUAUGAUUUAGACAAACGAGACUCAAUUAGCAAGGAAAACAUGAGAAGACUUUUCAAGGCCUACUUUGAUAUCACAAUAGAACUAGUCAGGGAUGUGGUGAAAGCUUGUGAAGAAGAAAUGAUGGCUAACUUCGACGACAGCAGUGGCAAGCCCGUCUCCUCUCUCUUCAGCGCCCCCAUUCCAAACGACACUGCCUUCCUCUCAAACAACAACACGACGAAACGGCCGAUUCCUGGUAAUCCAGGCGGAAGGGAGAGCAUGUGGCCCGUCAUGGAAGCCAUGUCCCAGGAUGCAAUCGAAGAAAUGGUUGACAAUCUGUUCAAGAUGGCAAAUCUCGGAGAUGAUGACAGGAUGACUCUAGAGAAGUUCAAAGAGAUCGCACUGAUUGAUGCAUCGCUGAUUGCUUGGUUCGAUGCCCUUGGAACUGUGUUUUAAAUUUCACAAAAUUCAGGAGAUGGACAAAGAUUCCAUUUCAAAUUUCAAAUGGGUCACAGUUCUGUUCGUCUCCAGUGUGUGGAUGGUAAAAGCCCCUAAUUGUAAGAAGUCUGUUCCCCUUGUAGGUUAUUUUGGGCCCACAGGAUCUCACAGUCGGUGUGGGUCGGUGUGUCCAGGUGGUCAAUUUGGCUGCUUGGGAUGCUGUUUCCAAUGGCUAUCAUUACUCCCCCUCCUAUACUGACGGCAUCUCUGUCUCUGCGGUAGAUGGUGUACAUUGAAGCAAAGUAGGAUAAGUGAUCACUGGUGGGAUGAGUGAUGAUGCAUUUAGUAGGACUGGUGGGAUAAGUCACAAGUGGUAAUCCAUUGAAUAGGAUUGGUAAGAUUACUACUCGUUCUGUGUGGUGAAAACUAUACGUUUCCAAAAUCUUCACUAAGAUGAUCUACUAAGGGAUGGUAUAAAAACCAUUGGAUGGUCGAACCCUUUUACUCCAUGUGCCAGAUACAUAACCCUCAAGACUGUGCACCUUAAUUGUAAAUUGUUGCUAUUGAGAUUUGUAUGUAAACAUUUUAAUGGUCACCUUAUCUCGAACCCUUUCACUCCCUGUGCUAGAAGAACAACCCUCAAGACAGAAUGUCUUCAAUCGUAAUUGUUGUUAUUGAGAUCUAUAUAUUGUGCUACUUUCCAUUUUGGAGGCAAUGUUGUUUUGUAUACUCUUU